UUAAAUACGUACACAUUUAGUACUUACCUACUUGUGUUUUUGAACGGCAGUUAUAUGAUUAAAUUACCUAUUCGUGCAAAACAAGGAACUAGAAAAAAUGAAUUUCAAAAUUUCGUUUAUUUAUAUUACACUGCUGAUCAUCGCAAAAUGUACCAACGCUAGUAGAUCCAGUAAAUCUAUGGGCCAGCUUUCUCCAAUAAAUAUCGAUACAGCUCAAGUUACUCCAACUUCAAAUCUACUGAAAGUAUCAUUAGACAUUUCUAACACGCUCAUUUCCUCUGCCAUUGUAAACAAUACAGGAAAAGAAAUCAGUUUUCCUCUGCCAAAAAACCAAGAAAUGUUCGUACCACGAUUCACAUAUGGCGAUGUUACUUAUACCUUAGCUGGACGAUAUUUACUAAUAAAUCAAAAUGGAUCGCAGAAAAAUCGUAGUGGACAUACCAUCGAUGGUAAAAGAUAUCCCAUCGAAGGAGUCAAUAUAUACGCCAACAUUGAUAAAUACGGAAGUUUGAAAGAAGCUAAGAAACACCCUGGUAGCAUAUUGGUUCUCUCACAACCAGUCGAUGUAACAGAUAUUCCAAAUCCAACUUUCAAUCCAUUUGGAAAACUCUUGCGUACUGGUAAACUAAAAAACCCCAACUCUGCUGCAUCGAUUUCCACCCUAUUUUCAUUUGAUUGGUACGACUCCCUGGUCAAGAACCGCGCAUAUUUCAUUUAUACAGGAUCUUUGUACGAUCCGGAGACAAAAACUCAAACACCCGAUGUAACUCAAAUUGUAACUCAGCCACCUUAUAGCUCCAUUUCUUAUGAACAAGUAACUCUUAUCACAGUUUACAGAUUUUAAAAACGUUUUGGAUACGGAAGGUAAUCCUUUGAAUACCAUAGCUCCAUUAAAUCCUGCUAAAGGCAGAGAAAUUAAAGCAGCAAGAGGAUUCUCUCUUGAAAUUCGGCCACUUCACUUGACGGUUCCUCUUCCAUGAGCAGCCAGCAACAUAUUAAAUUGGGGCUCUACUCGACUUACAUUCUGAUGAAAAUACGGGUAUUUAUAGGUAGGUACAUAGGUAACUGAUCAUCAAGUCAUCAACCAAUAUCAACAUCACCAUCACGAGAAACAAAUAGGACAACAUUUUCACCUGGAUUCGAGAAGAACUAAAAUUUAAAAAAAAAAACUGAUUUCUUUAUUAAAUUGUGCAUCCUUAGGUGCUGUAAAAUUUCAUCACUUGUACCUAUCUAUUUUUCUCUUCUCAAUAUUAUUUUACAGAACCCUGAAAAGAAAAAUUCGACUUUUUGAUGCGGCAUUUCAUUUCUUUUUUUCAAUUUCCCUAUAGAAAAAAUUUGUAUUUUGAAAUAGAUACCAUUGGACUUCAAAAUACACAUGAUCCAAAUUAAUUUUUUCGUUAUUUUCAUAAUUUACUUAUUUUUGAAAUUUAAUUCUGAAAAAGUAAUUUAUCAAAUUUUUUCAUAGAUGUUUUCCUUCUCAAAUUGCAAAAUAAAAUUUUAUCCAUUUUUCAUAAUAGUUGUGCUUUUAUUUUCCACAAAAUUUUCAUUUGAUCCAAAAUGGAAAUUUUUUUCAAAUUCAGAAAAAUAAAAUUUCUUAUUACAAUAACGUUGUCGUGAUACUUAAUGCAUGUAAAAAUUUCUCCGUGUUACUGUUGUGAGGUGUCGAAAUGCUAUACUUAUUCAAGUCCAGAAAAUUGAAAUAUUUCAAUAAACAUCCUCAUACGAUCACUUUUGUAAAGACAUUAACGGAACUAAUGGCUUAGUGAAUAAGAUCAAUAAUAAACACCUAGGAAGAAAUAACUAGCAGGGUGCCAAUGUAAAGACCUUAGAACCUGAUGUAAAGUAUAUAUGCCUGGAUAGCUUUAGCCGAAUACCAUUAAUCUGAUCAAUGCUUACAUGAAUCCGUCUAUGAUCUGUCCGAGGACCUAUCAUAGGGGUGUAUUAGCCUAUUCUUAGGGGUAGAAGUACCUACUAUUUUGCCUAUCUACAUUUAUUAUGCGCCUAGAUAAACACAAUAAUAAGACUACAACACCUAUGAUUAGACACUCCGUGCAUUUGAUGUAAUUGUAAUACACACCUUAUAAUUACGCCACAAAUAAUAGAUAUAAUUAAUUAUUUGUAUCUUAAUAAUAACAGGUAAAUAAAUUCAUAUUGACAUA